AUGACUCAUUAUUUGCAGAUGCAUUCCUUCAGUUUUGUUUCUGCUACCAGAAUUGAGGAUCUUUAUAAUCGUGUGACUGCAACACAUAUCUCAAUCAGGAAGAGCCAGAAAUGCUCAUUAUCAAACAUCCUGUUCAAAUCAUCUAACUGUAGCAAAACCAAAACAUCCAGCUUGGGUGGUCGAAACGUACUCAAACAUGCAUAA